AUUACGAUCUGGCUAACUGCGGCACUCUUAGCGUACCGUCAGUAAGCUAACUGCAUGGCAGUGCACGCAGCUUAAUUUCCUCCAACUCAUGGCUCAUUCAGAUCCUUACAAACUGUAUGGAAGUGAACGACAACGUUCCUCAUUUUCUGCACCUCGUUGCAGAACUAAGAAUUUAUUUUUAGUGACAGUGGAGCAACUCGUUCGGACUCCUUCACUCAUUGCUGAGCUUAUCGACAUUUCCCACGACAAAAAUGGUCUUAACACGCUAUCGCCAAGUCACAAAAUCUGGAUUGCGGAUACAGUACUGCAGCAAAUGGUGGCACUGCAUGAGAGUGCAAUUUGCGGAAUGGAUUUUCGACCAAAUAAGGUGCUUAUUGGCCGCAUCGGAGCGGUACUGAGGAAACGCUGUCAAACGCGAUUGCACGACGAGCACAUCGGAAAGGACCAGGCGGUGCGAAGUUUGCUGUAUUCGGCACCAGAAGACCUCCGGGGGGACAAUAAAAAUGAAAGUUCAUCAGAUAUAUGGAAUUUCGCUUGUCUGUGUUUAUACAUUUUCAACGCACGGGAUCCGGAAUACUACCGACAAAUGUCCAACGGAAAUUCAGGUUUGCUAAAUCAAGCUAAAAAUGCCUUCACCGCCAUAACGCUGCUGGUUGGGGAUGGACUCUGCAUUCCGGAUCAUAUCCAGUGCUGUCAAAAUAAUCCUGACAUGGCGCCGGUUUUUCUUGGAUGCUUCCAGUUUGAUGCACAGCUAAGACCUAGUGCGGUCCAGUUACGACGGGGUAUGUUUUUGGCACGUAAAGCGGCUCUUUUACGACGCGGAAAAGUCGAGAGCAGAACAAUGACGGUUAAAACCCGGCUGGUUGGCAAUCUUGACUCUGCCGUUGAGUGGACUGAAAAGCCCGGAAACCGUUUUUCAAAAGAGCUGAAUGCGUGGAAGAAUGGAACAACACGGAUGUGCCCCUUCCAUCAGCUGCAAAUUUGAUACAACUUUUUGAAAAAUCAGUGGAAAGAGCUCCUCGUAAAUGGGCAAUCAUCAAUAAAGAUACACUAGUCACUUACAGGGAGCUCAGUGAAAGGGUCCACAACCUGGCAUCCUACGUUCACACAACGCUGAUAAUCAACGGGGAUCAGCUGAUUGCUCUUUUUAUGGACAAAAGUGAGCUUAUGAUCGUCAGCAUUCUGGCUAUCUGGAAAGCUGGAGCCGCGUUCGUCCCGAUAGCUCCGGCUUAUCCAGACGAUCGCGUACGUUUCAUUCUGAAUGACACCCGGGCUGUGGCUGUACUUACUAACACGUCAUAUAAAUCGCGCCUGUCCAUGUUGUAUCCCUCGCGCAAUAUCUUCGCUAUCGAUAACCUAAAACCACUAUCUUCAACAUCACUGCCACAAGAUAACGUUUCCGCGUUGGCAUAUGUGACAUACACAUCCGGUACUACGGGUCAACCGAAAGGUGUCUUAAAGGAACACAAAAAUGUCAUUAACAGCAUUGUCGACUUAUCAGCGAGAUAUAAAAUGCAGGAAGGCUCCGAACGCAUUGCUCUGUUCUCGGAGUACGUCUUCGAGCCGUUUCUGCGACAAAUGUUAAUGGCACUUGUUAAUUCCCAAACGCUCGUCAUUGUGCCGCAUCAGGAUAAAUAUGAUCCCAUAAAAUUCAGCAGUUUUCUGCAGAAGUCAGGUAUCACCUACUUGAACGGCACGGCAUCCCUGCUGCAGCAGUACAACUACUCGGAAUGUCCCGCACUUUCCAAAAUAUUAUGCGCCGGAGAGGAACUAACGCAACACUGCUAUAACAAAAUCCGGAAAACCUUCACCGGCACCAUUAUCGACGAAUACGGUCCUACGGAAUCAGCUUUUGUCACCACAGGAAAGUUUUUCCCAGCAGGAUCGGAAAGAUUAGACCGCAGUAUCGGAAAACCGUUGAACAAUGUGAAAUGCUACGUUUUAGACGAACAACUCCAGUCAGUCAAGGUUGGGGAAAUCGGUGAACUGUACAUCGGAGGCGCGGGGGUUUCUCCAGGAUACCUGCAGCUGCCCGAUCUGACGGCCCAGAGAUUUCUCAAAAAUCCUUUUCAGACAGAACAAGAGAAGAUAUACGGUCAUAAUGCCAGAAUGUACAAGACAGGAGACCUGGCUAGAUGGUUAAGCAAUGGUGAGCUGGAAUUCCUUGGUCGAAACGAUAAUCAGGUCAAAAUACACGGCAUCCGCAUUGAACCCGGUGAGAUCGAAGCACAUCUCUCCGAGUUUCCGGGUGUUACACAAAGUGUUGUUGUGGCCAAAGAUAUCGGUGCAGUAAAGUCUUUGGUGGGAUAUUUCGUUGGCGAUGCUGAAGAAAAUGCUAUCUUGGGCUAUCUGACAACCAAACUUCCACGGUACAUGAUACCACACAGAGUAGUACGAAUUGCACAGAUACCGAUAACAACUAAUGGCAAACUGGAUGUUAGAUCACUGCCGGAUGUCAGCAAUGACUACAGCACAGAAAAAUUCCCCCCUUGCAACCACUGGGAAAAAGAAAUCCUGGACAUUUUUGCAACGGUUCUGAAUAUCCCUUUCGAUCAUCUUAGCGCGACUGAUGACUUUCUAUGCGUUGGUGGCGACAGCGUCCAAGCGAUCCAUGUAAUCGGACAGGUGCGCAAGCGACUAAGUAGAGUUCUAACAGUCGAGGAUAUUUUUGCACUGCGAACAGCGCAAAAUUUGGCCUCACACCUGCAACGGAAUGCUAUUGUUAACGAUGAUAACUUACUGCCGUUAAAUAACGAGAAAGCCGACGAGAAAACUGGGAUUAUGCCGGCCAACGGUCUUCAACAAGGACUAUUUUACCGAUACCUUAAGCAAUAUGAAAGCGAUGACGCUUAUACCAUGCAGAAUGUCUGUCAAUACCGGUCAUCCAUCCAGCCUGACUAUAUGCAUAAUGCCUGGAUACACACUCAGCGGAAGUACCCGGCUUUGCGUUUGAGGUUCGAGGUUGUUGACCAGAGGGUGCUGCAAAUCGUGGAUGACAGCCAAGCUCUUGACUACCGCUUUGUGGAUGUAUCAAACGAGGGCAAAUUCGAUGCACACGAGAAGCAGAUUAAAGAUCUACUUCACAGAGAUCGAGCCGAGAAAUACUAUCUGGAGAAAGGCAAUCUGUUUCGCAUUUACCUCAUAAAGCGGAAUGAUGAACUGUUUACGCUGGUGUUUAGUUGCCAUCAUAUUAUCGUGGAUGGUUGGAGUAUUGCUGUUAUUUUCCGUUGUCUCCAUGAGUUCUAUACCCGCAUGAUCCAAUCAAACAGUGAUCAGGUGACCUUUGAGCCGGACUGCACUUACGCGGUCGCCCAACGAUAUCUACAUGCAUACCGCAAGGAACACGAAGGCUACUGGCAGCAACAAACGGCACAAAUUUCCGAAAGAUGUGACCUGAAUGGUAUUUUGAAGGAAAAGCAUAAAUACAAAGUUGUCAUGGCAAGUUACGACCAUAUCGAAGAACAGCUGGAGCAGAGUGUGAUAAUUAGUGGAGACGAUUGCGCGCGAUUGAAAAGGUUUUGCUCCCAGAACGGCGUUACUCUCCAUUCCGUUCUGCAGUUUACCUGGCACAAAGUAUUGUCCGUUUACGGUGGCAGCAGACAGACAGUGGUGGGCACAACGGUAUCUGGACGUAAUAUUCCGAUCGACGGUAUUGAAUCAGCAGUGGGUCUGUUUAUUAAUACGUUACCGCUAGUGGUCAAUCACGAAAACCACAGCCAUCAAAGUGUUAUCGAAUGCAUCAGAUCCAUACAAAUGCAGAUAUCAGCAAUGAACGACCGAAGCAACGUGGAGCUGCUACACGUUAACACUGGGGCGUUGAAGCACGGUCUUUUUGAUAGUCUUUUUGUAUUGGAGAACUAUGCUAGCGGUCCCAGUAGCGGAAGUGAUCCACACCGGGACAGGAUGGGAUUUCAAGAGCAGCUUACAGUGGAAAAGCUGGAUCAUCCGUUAGCCAUUCUUGCUAAGGAAAUGGGACAGUCGAUCAAGAUAACUCUUCUGUUUGCUGGGGACCUGUUUUCAAAGACCGCUGUCCUCCAACUACUGGACGUCUUCGCUAAACUGCUAAACCAAAUUAAUGAAAAUCCCGAACAAAACAGUAGUACUCUGGAUUACGUACCGUCAUCACAGCAACUUCUUUUUGACGCAUGGAAUGAUACCGAAAGUCAGUUUCCACGAGAGAAGACUCUGCACAAUGUCUUCGAAGACAUGGCAGCACGAAAUCCCGACAAAACCGCCAUCGUCUACGAGGACCGUCGCUUGACCUACAAGGAAACCAACGAACGUGCCAACCAGGUGGCGCAUCACUUGUGCAGCCUGAUUAACAUCCCACCGGACAUGCUAAUCGCUCUUGUCUUGGAUAAGAGCGAAUUAAUGAUCCUUAGCGUCCUGGGCGUGUGGAAAUCGGGUGCGGCCUAUGUACCUAUUGAUCCCAACUACCCUGACCAUCGAAUUCAGUUCAUCCUGCAAGACACCUCAGCCAAACUCCUCAUUACGAAUCAGCGUCACGUUGCACGAUUUCAGCUACUUGCCGGCAAGGACAUUUUGAUUCUGCCAAUUGAAUCCGUAUUAAAGGGCGCUGCAUGCCUGUGGCAUAACGUCGGACCGACGUCAUCGAGUACGGAUCUGGCCUACGUCAUCUACACAUCAGGAACAACAGGGAAACCGAAGGGCGUCAUGGUGGAGCACAUGGGUGUGGUUAAUUUGCAAUUAUCGCUGAGUAAAGUUUUCAAGCUUCAGCAACAAGAGGAAGUGUUCCUAUCAUUUUCCAACUAUGUCUUUGAUCACUUCGUGGAACAAAUGACCGAUGCGCUGUUGAAUGGACAAACACUUGUUGUUCUCAACGAUGAGAUGCGCACCGACAAAGCCCGGCUGUACGAAUACAUCCAGCGCAAUAAGGUCACUUAUUUGUCCGGUACGCCGUCUGUCCUGCAGAUGUACGAGUACGAUCGAUUUGAACAUUCCCUGACCCGCAUCGAUGCGGUUGGGGAGGAUUUUAGCGAGCCGGUAUUUAACAAGAUACGGAAAGGUUUCAAAGGGUUGAUUAUCAAUGGAUAUGGGCCCACCGAGAUUUCCAUCACGAGCCACAAACGGUUAUACCCGGUUCACGAAAAGCGAACCAAUAAAAGUAUCGGAUUUCCGGUGGCCAACACCAAGUGCUAUGUUCUCAAUUACGAUAUGCAGUGUGCGCCUGUAGGUGGAGUUGGUGAAUUAUACAUUGGUGGGGUCGGUGUGGCACGGGGAUACUUGAACCGUCCGAAACUGACCGCGGAUCGGUUUCGGCCAAAUCCUUUUCAAACGGAGAAAGAAAGACUAGAGGGUACAAACGGACGGAUAUACAAAACAGGUGAUUUGGUGCGAUGGUUACCAAAUGGGGAACUGGAGUACUUGGGCCGCAAUGAUAUGCAGGUAAAAAUGCGAGGACUGCGCAUUGAAAUUAGCGAGAUCGAGACGGCUAUGAUCUCUUAUCCCGGCGUCAAACGGGCAGUGGUAACGACAAAAGAAUAUACAUCUGCUGCGAAUACCGAAACUAGAAAAUAUUUAAUCGGAUACUACAUGUCCAACGCUUACAUUGCUGAACACGAAAUGAAGAAGUUUCUGCAGAUAAGCCUCCCUGAAUACAUGGUACCCCAUCGGUUAAUGCGUAUUGACGAAAUUCCGAUAACGGUUAACGGCAAACUAGACGCAAAGAACCUACCAGACAUUGACUGUUCUUCACACCAAGCGAUUGCUGUGCCAACCACUCCCGUGCAAACAAAAUUACGUGACAUUUGGUCGGAGGUACUCGGGCUUGCCGUUGAUGCAAUCGGUAUACACGAUGAUUUCUUUGGUCUGGGCGGUGAUAGUCUCAGUGUGCAGCGGCUGUUUUUUGAAAUCGCAAAAGCCUUUUCGGAGUCGCGCAUCGACAUUGCGUCCAUUUUCCGACAUAGGACCAUCGAAGCGCUGUCAAGCUGCAUCUUAGCAUCUGGUAGCGCGGCGCAACCCCUUGUUUCCUCCCACAAGGAAAACGUUCCGGUAUCUUUGGCACAAGAACAACUUUUGUUCAUCCAAGAUUACGAAAAUGGCACAAGUGCCUACAACGUCUCUUUAAGCAUUCGAAUUCCUUCGUCGGUGAACAGGAGCAACCUUAAACGAGCCUUAAUAUCGCUAAUUGUCAGACAGCAAGCGUUGCGAACGAUUUUUCAGCGAUCGAAACUUGAUGGUAGCUACGAACAGCAUAUUAUGGCCGAUAACACCAUCGACGAAAUCUUUAUGAUUGAUGAACGUUUUGUCGACAAGCUCGAGACACUGGAUGACGAACUCCACAAUGCAUCGCUGCAUGUGUUCAAACUGAAUGAGGAGUUGCCAAUAAAGGUCACCGUUUUUGAUGUUGCAGAUGAUAAGCAGUUUUUGGUUCUUAACAUUCUCGUCCAUCAUGCCUGCUUCGAUGAAUGGUCCUGGAAGAUCUUUCAGCAGGAUCUGCAUUCAUACUAUACUUUCUAUCAGAACAAUCAAACCUCAGUGAUACCAGUGCCAAAUCUUCCAGAUCUCACUAUCCAGUACAACGACUAUGCUGUCGGGCAGCGGCAGUUCCUUUCGCAGCAGAAACUGGGUGAUCUAAGAGCAUUUUGGAUGAAGCAUCUGGAUGGGUUCGAAAGUCUCCGCCUUCCAACCGACUUCUUGCGGCCUUCUCACAUCGAAUAUGCUGGAGAAAAUGUCGGCUUCGAGCUUGACCAGCAAACUACAGAACUGCUGAAAAAUCUGGCAAAGCAGCUUCGCGUCAGCUUAUUUGCCAUUCUGUUCAGUACCUACGCAUUUCUUCUAAGCAAUUACGCAAAUCAAGAUGACGUCGUUAUUGGCACACCCGUUGCAAACCGCGACCGGGUCGAACUGGAAAACCUGAUCGGGUUCUUCGUCAAUAUGAUCCCUUUGAGGACACAUGUCAAUCUGCAAACAAGAAUAGUCGAAUACAUUGAAACUGUCAGCGCUCAAAUGAUCAAAUGCCAUUCCCAUAAGGAUUUGCCUUUUAGAAGCCUGGUAAAAGGGUUAAAUUUGGAUAGAGAUCCUAGUCGCCACCCAGUAUUCCAGGUUGUGUUCUCGUUGAAUCAUUUUGCCAGUACCGACGAACCGGAAACAGACCAUUACACUGGUGAUUUUAAGAUGUAUCCGUACGAACCGCAAACCCAGUUCAACGUUGUGGCGAAGUAUGAUAUAACUACGACGAUGAGCGAAAGGGGUGCCGUGCUGACAGGACAAAUGAACUUUGCUACAAGCCUGUUCAGCCCCACCACUAUUACCAGCAUGGUAGACUGCUAUGUUUGCAUCUUGAAGCAGAUUGCGAAACUGAAUGUCGCGGAUGACAGAAAACUCGCCAGCCUGCAUUUGGUCAACGAAGACGACCAUGCGUUAGACGACAGCAGUACUUCGUUAAGGAACAGUCAACCUGUGCAUAUGCCCCUCGUACACCAGCUAUUCGAACAGGAAACGGAAAGGUCACCAGCCUCUGUGGCGGUGGUGUGCGGGGAUACUCGUCUAACGUAUCAAACCCUUAAUGAGAGAUCAAACCAGCUAGCGCAUUACUUGCAGUCCACAUUCUCCAUCCGUCCCGAUACUUUGGUGGCUCUCCUUCUCGACCGAUCCGAGACAACAAUUAUUACCAUUCUCGCAGUUUGGAAAUCCGGUGCCGCAUAUGUCCCUAUUGAUCCCAGCUAUCCUGACGAGCGUGUUCGACUUAUCCUGAAAGAUGCCGGUACCCAUAUUAUCAUCGCUAAUCAUCACUAUAUUAACCGAAUACAGGACUUUGUCGGUUCUACGGUGACAACCAUCGGAAUAGACAGUCCUGGGUUCGUUUCGGUUCUGAAUGAGCAACCACUACAUAACUGUGAAUCAUUUGCCGAUGCAGAGAAUCUAGCCUACGUGAUCUACACCUCUGGCACAACGGGAACACCCAACGGCGUACUGGUGCCCCACAAAACUGUGGUUGGCUUCCGAAACAGUUUGAUAGACCGCUAUUUUGUAAAGGAUCAACCACAUCUGCACGGCGUUCUUCUUCUUUCCAACUACGUGUUUGAUUUGUCCAUAGAACAGAUGGCCUUGUCGGUGCUGAGUGGCAACAAACUGAUCGUUGUAGCCAACAACAUAGCGAUUGACGAUGACUUCUACGCGUGCCUGAACGAGAACCGGCUGACCUAUUUGAGUGGUGCACCAACAUAUUUGCAGCAAAUCGAUUUAUCGAGGAUUCCCGGUCUGCAGAUGGUCACCGUAGCCGGCGAGGCAUUUACUGCCAUCCAGUUUGAGAAAAUCCGACGUGAAUAUAAAGGCAUUUUAAAUAACGCGUACGGCAUCACUGAGACCACGGUGUACAACAUGAUCUGCACAUACCAAGCCAACGAUGUAUGUCUAAACUCUUUGGGCAGCGUGCUGUCCAACACGAAAUGUUUCGUCCUCAAUGACAGUUUGCAGCCUUUGCCACAGGGUGCUGUUGGCCAACUUUACCUGUCCGGCGAUUGCGUUACGCGGGGCUAUCUUAAUCGACAACAGCUUACAAGCGAGCGAUAUCUUCCGAAUAUUUUCCAGACGACAGCCGAAAAACAACUCGGCGUGCACACAGUGAUGUAUAAAAGCGGUGAUUUAGUUCGCUGCGCUAUGGAUGGCACGCUAGAGUACUUUGGGCGCACUGAUACGCAGAUCAAAAUUCGCGGUUUACGAGUGGAACUUGGUGAAAUUGAAGCAGCCCUGGCGGAAUAUCCAAAGGUUAAACAGUGUGUCGUACUGCCCAAAGGUCGUCACGGAAAUCCGUAUCUUGUUGGAUACGUUGUGACAAAAGAAAAUUUUUUACUUGAGGAAACCAAAAUUCUAUCGCACUUAGGGAAAAAAUUACCAAGUUACAUGGUACCAGCCAGGAUUAUACAAAUUAAAGACGAAAUUCCGGUUACAAUCAAUGGCAAACUGGACACGAAUGCGCUCCCCGAUGUAGAUGCUGUACUGGUUCAGAAAUUGUACGCCCCACCCCGAAACCAUCUAGAACGACAAUUCUGCCAAAUCUGGAUGGAUUUGUUGGGUGUUCCCCAUAUCGGUAUCGAUGAUGACUAUUUCCGCCUGGGCGGCGACAGCAUUACAUCACUUAAGCUUAUUGGACGUAUGCGUCAACAGACAAAGACGAGCGUUUCCCUCAAGGAUAUUUUUAGGUUCCGAACAAUACGCGAGAUCACCGAUAACGCCGUUUUGCCCAAUCGAAUGCAGCCUGCGGAGGAUGUUCUGAAUACUGCUUCUGAACAGGGGAUUUUAAGGGGAACGGUCCCACUUUUACCAAUCCAGAAGUGGUUUUUCGACAAGAAACUAGAUAACCGAAAUCACUGGAAUCAGUCUUUUACCAUUAGAACACCGCCGCUUAAUUUGUCAAGGCUGGAAGAGGCUGUGGAAAAGCUGAUCGAACAUCACGAUGCCUUUCGCCUAAGGUUCCGAAAGGAAGGGGACAAAAUCACACAGAAUUACGAUUUGAAACCCGAAAAAGUCCCGAUCAAAGUGCUUUCCGUGGAAAAUAGUCCAAAUCCGGAAAACAUUUUACGUUUGCAGAACGAAUUCGACAUUUCAAGCGGUCCCAUAUUCAGCAUUGGUUACUUGCACGGUUACAUUGAUGGUUCAGCGCGGGUGUGGUUUGCGAUGCACCGCUUGAUCGCCGACACCGUCAGCUGGCGAAUUAUCUCUGACGACCUCAAAAUCCUUUACGACGGUGGAAAUCUGGGCCACAAACUCACCAGUUACCGGCAAUGGAGCAAAGCUAUCGAAGACUACGCCAAGAACGCAGAAGCGGAACAGACCCUAUGGAGAAACCUGUACAGCGAGGCUGAAUUGUAUAACAAGCGUAUCCUGGCCCCAUUGGCUGCCCGGGAAAAAGCUUAUCGAACCACCAUAUGCUUGUCCAAAACAGAAACGGAGCGCCUAUUGCGACGAGAAGGAAACUUGAAUACGCUCGAAAUCAGGGAUUUAUUGCUAACAGCGCUAGCGUACGCCCUGCAAAGUGCGACCAAAGAAAAAACUAACUAUGUGACCUUGCAAGGUCAUGGAAGGGAGCCCUGGAACGAUAUGAAUGUUAGCCGGACUGUCGGCUGGUUCACAGUAAUGUAUCCUGUGGCUUUGCAUGUACGAGACAGUUUAAAAAAAACGCUCCUUCGCGUCAGCGAGUAUUUGCAUAAGGUCAUUCCAAACAAAGGCUUGGGAUACGGCAGUCUCAUUGGUUACAACAGUACAUUGCCGAAGAUCUGUUUUAACUACCUAGGCCGGUUCAGCAAUCAUAAGGAGGCAGAUUGGACAUUAACGGAGAUGACCUCUGAUUAUGGGAAUGAUCCGUCAGCUGACAGCAACUUUGCGAACGACGACAUCAUCGAAAUUUCAGGACUUUGUGCCAAUGACGAAAUACGUUUCACCAUAAAUAGUCGUCUGGACAGCGAAAUAACCGAGUGCCUGGCUUCUUCUUUCAGAGAAACCCUUCAGCAACUUAUCAACCUGGAUACGAACGCAAUGACAGAAUUUGAACCUUACAUUGACCUUUCCGGAAACCAGAACGCUCCCGUGAUUUUCUUCUUUCCCCCUUUAGAAGGAGGCGCCGAAAGUUAUCUGAACAAUUUGGCGCCAGAACUAAAAGCCUUCAAUCUAAUUCUUUUUAACAACUACUACAUGUAUCGAAGCAAAACGGAUACGACCUUUGAAGAGCUGUCCAAAUUCUAUAUUGGCUACGUGAAACAACUGCAACCCUAUGGACCCUACAAUCUUCUGGGAUGGAGUUUUGGUGGCACGUUGGCGCUGGAAGUCGCCCGCCAGUUAGCUCAGAACGGAGACAGAAUUGACAAUCUGAUGUUUAUUGAUUCGUAUUUCGAUGUGCGGGCAGCAGGGUGUAGCAUUGGUUACCCGGAUAAGUACAUCCUCGAUUCCAUUUACUAUCGUUGUACCCGGGAUAGAACAGACUUUCGCAACCUAAUGGGGAAUGUCAGGAACAUCAUUCUCUUUCGAGCUAAUCGGUUAAGCAACAUGUUUACCACCGAAGAGGAACGGCUGCUGGAUGCGCAUUAUAUGCAGACGGAAUACAACCACCUGGAUACUUUAUUGGAUGCAGAAUUGGUGCAGCUGGUUCAUAUGGAUGACUCGCAUCAUUCGUGGGUUCACAAUCGGGAAACCGUGAGCCGUAUGGGUCAGCGUAUUCGGUCAAUUUGGAAUGAUUGCGAUAUAGUUGCUGUCUGAUGAUGCCCAGUAAAGCUUUCUUGACAAUACAUGACAUUUUCAUCGUUGAAGUUGUUCCGUUUUUUUCAUUUUUUUCAGUGUGCUUCGAGUUACAAUAAGUAAAGAAAAACGUUCU